AUGUUAAACGCCAGACGCACCCUCCUCCUCUUCCUCCCCAUCGCCCUUCUCUUCUCCAUCACUGUCGCAAUCACCUUCCUAGAGCGCACAUCUAAAAACGCAUUCAACUCGCACCUCUCCCGCAACCAGCGUAAUGGAGCGUUUGAACUCCUUCUUCCCGGCCAGCAUGGAUCCCAAGAGACAACCGUCACCCACUUAGAUGUCAACGACGGCCCGAUCUACGCUUUACUGGGUUUUUGUACGCUGGCGUAUUUUGUGUGUGCGCUGAGUGCUGCGGGGAUGUGGCAGCUGAGAAGAGUGCAGGAUACGGCUGGGCACGAGAGGGCGUGGGUGUGGGUCUUGGGCGUCGGGAAUGUCAUGCUGGUUGCGGCGGGCGUGGCAGCUUUUGCUUAUAGUACUUCUGUGCAAGGGAGUGAGAAGAAGUGGGAGAGUCUGGAUGAUGUGGGUAUGGGGGGUCAAGAGCAUACGAGAGAAGGGUGGAUUUGUGGUAUUCAAGAGUUCUUUCCGGAGGAGGGAUGGGCGGGACAGGCGUGUGGGAUGCAGAAGGCUAUGAGAUUUCUGAUGCUGGCGUUGGUGGGUGCGGCGGUGUUGGUUCUGGGGAGUGUGGCCGUUGUUGUUAGAGGAAGGGGAGGAUGGAAGUGGGUAGGAGGCGGGAGGGGCAUGUAUGCGGGUUUCCAGGGUGUGUAUGAGAUGCAGACUCCUGGGGUGUCGGUGCCUUAUGUUGGAGCGCAGGGAGGACAGUGGAUGCAGCAACCUGGACAUGGCCAGCCAGUGCAGCAAUGGGUGCCGCAGACUUAUCAGCCGGUUCAGCAAAUGGGUUCGCAGCCUGUUGUUCAGCACGCUGUUCAGCCCGUUGCGCUGCCCGUCGGUGGAGUGCCAAAGUUGGAUGCUACUGUCUCGCAGCGCCCGAUAGUUGGAUGA